UUGAGGGGGGAAAUCAGGAAUUGUGGUCCUUCGGGGUCUAGUGGGUGGGUCAGUUUUGUUCUCUUGCUUGUGGAUGUCGGGCAGGAAGGGGAGUAGAUUUACCGUGCGGCGAGUUUGGGCUCUUAUUGGGGCCUUCCAGCAGCUCUUAAGGACUUAACAGUACUAGCUGACUAGCCUUUUAACUUACAGCAAAAUUGACAGCACUCCAAGUGCUGCCCAGUUUUUCUGCUGCCUCCUGCCCUUGUCUGUGCCUGCUUUCAGCAUGGUAAAGAAGAACACUAUCCCACAUGGAUGGCGGAAUUUACAACCGGUUGGACAACCUAUACCAGGAACUCGAUUCAUUGCUUUCAAAGUGCCUUUGAAAGGGAUGAUUAAUCAUCGUCUGACACCAACUCAAAAGUUUACACCAAAAGAUCUGAUUUCUGCAAUGAAAGCGCUCAAUGUGGAGCUUGGCUUAAUUAUUGAUUUAACGUAUACGACCAGAUAUUAUGAUGAUAAGGAUUUGCCUAAAAGUGUGGAGUAUAAGAAACUUUUUACUGUUGGUCUUGAAGUCCCAGAUGAUGCUACCAUUCUGCAGUUCAAAAAAUGGGUCAGAAAAUUUCUAUGGGAAAAUGCUGAGAAUGACAAACUCAUCGGAGUGCACUGUACUAAUGGAAUUAACAGAACGGGUUAUCUUAUAUGUAGAUACCUUAUUGACGUUGAAGGCUGGGAUCCAGAAACAGCAAUCCAAGCUUUUGGGGAGGCUCGUGGUCACCAUAUGGAUGGUAAUAUAUACUUGACAGAUCUCAGAACUCAACCAAUGAGAAGCAAUCUGGGAAUGAACUUAUGGGAUGCCGAUGGAGACGUCGUGCCACUGCAAAAUGAUAUGGAUGGACAUAUUGAUAGAUUUCCAGAUGAAGAAUUUCCAAGAACUGGGAAAAGAUUAAGAGUUUAUGAAGAUAACCAUAAUGACUUGCCAGAACAGAUAGGACUGAGAGAGUUUGAUUUUAUUAAUAAGGGCCCUGGACAACGACGAAAACCAUAUCAUGAUCAUGGGUUUCACGAUGACUUACAAAUGAGACAAAGGCAUUUUCCAGAACAUUCAUUUUAUGACGAUUACCAGGAAGAAAUGCCUCUGAAAGACUUGGAUUUCACCACUAGGGUAUCAGGGCAGAGACUCCGACCUUGCCAUGGGCGCCAACUUUGUGAUGACUUUCCAGCAGGGGCACCACCAGGAGAUAUUGAUAUGGGCCAUGGAGAAAGGCAGAACCGUUUAAUUGAUAUACCUACUCAUAAUGAUAGAUUGAGAGAUUCACAGCUCAGCAGAGGACAGAGGCAGAGACCAUUUUAUGACCCACAGUCUAAUGAUGACUGUACACAUACACCGUUAUUUCCAAAGAUGCCAUUAAAAGAUCCAGCACUCCACAGGAAAAGACCUGGCCAAAGAGCCAGACCAUUUCUGGACUGUUCCCCUUAUGAUGAUAUGCAACUACCAAUGGGAGACUUUGAGUUUGUUAGUAGGGGCCAUGGGCAAAGAAUGAGACCUUUCAGUGACCAUCAGCAUCACAGUGAUUUACAAAGGGAGAUGCCGGCGGAUGAUUUUGGAGAGAGAGAUUCCGAAUCAAGAUGUAGACCAUUCCAUGACCAUCAGUCUUACGAUGAAGAUUUUUUAAACAGGGGGUCUGGACAAAGGAUGAGAUCGUUUAAUGACCAUAUACCUUCUGAGACUAACAUGGCAUAUGAAGAUUAUGUAGAAAGAGAUCAUGCUUUUCUUUCUCAUGAGCACUUCCCUGACUCUCCCAUACUGCACAGAGAUUAUGGCUCUGAUAAAGAUGGCUAUACCAGAAAUAGCAGGUCUGAUUGCCCUAAAGAUUACAGAAGAAUGUACCCUUCGAAUGAAAUGAACAGAGGAAUAACUAGAUUUGCACCAUAUUCCUCUCACCCUGUACAACACCCUUCACCUUGCCAGGAGGAAUUUAACUCAGUUUCAGUUGACCAUGCAAAAGAAUCUCAACCUGAAAUGACAAGAGAUAUUGGCCAGGGGAAAAGGUUACCUGUUGUGACAAUUGAUUACAAUUAUGGCUUGCCUUUAGGCUAUACUCCUAAGGAGGAAGAUAGAGCACAUUAUGAUUUACAUUCAAGAGAACACUGCAUUUGGAAAUGAACUAGAUAACAAAUGUGCAUGCAUGUUUCACCCAUUUUUCUUUGUAUGUGGACCAAACCUUUCCUCAAAUACAUGUAUCUUUCAGUUACAAAACUAGUAGUUUGAAUAUAGUUAGUAAUCCCAACUAGAGUAUAUUUAUUGAAUCAGUGAGAUUUACAUAAGUGUUGAGUCCCCAUUUAGCAGUUGAUUCAAUGGAUCUAAGCUAGUAGGGACUAGCAAUUGGAUUUAGGCCAGUAUGUAUAAUAAGAUCAGUCCACAAAUCUUUGUUGUUUCACAUUUUAGAUGGUUGAUAUAUUUGAUAAGCGUAUGUGAAGACAGAUGUCCUACCUGUGUGAAAUAAAAAUAGCAUUUAUCAUAGAGAAAUUGAAAUGUCGUAAUACAAAAGACAACUGUAUAUGCAAUGUGUAUGACUAUUUCAGUGUACAACAGUUGUAACAUAAAAAUUCAGUAAAGUUUCACUAUUAA